CCUAGCAAAUAUCUGAUUGAUGUGUUGCAUGUAGCCACGCCCUCUUAAAAAAAAUCCAACCCCACUCCAACUUUCGCCUGGAAGCUGAAAUGAAAAUCUCAGGAAAAAGACAAACUCACCGUUUUUUUCAGUCAUGAAUUAGGAUGUCCUCGGCAGAAAUAAUAUCUGCUACUUAGACGUCAGACUCGACAUGGUGUGAAGUCAAUUAAAAAGAAGUCUUUACAUCAUUUUUACACCAGAGACAGCAUGGCUGAGGGGGAAGAGGCAAUGAGCCAGGAGGACUGGAAGGAGAAGUGUCUGGUUCUGGAGGCACUCCUCAUGAAGUUCAGAGUCCAGAUCAUAAAGAUUCGGGAGCUCACAGCAGACAAGAUUCAGCAGCUGGAGACGCAGGUGAUCGAUGCAGAGAAACGGGCUUUCAUUGCACAGCAGCAGGUGCAGUGGAUGGAGGAGAAGCUCAAGGCUCCAGAUGGUCAGUCUGGAGACUGUGAGAUGCAUUUGUUUCAACAGUGCCAGGAGCUGCAGGCCUUAGUUCAGGAGAAGGAGGACAUCAUCACACAGCUGGAGCAGCAGCUGGAGGAGCAGAAACAAAUUAGACUUCAAGACGCCAAAACAGUGGAGGAGAAAGCAGCAAAAAUCAAGGAGUGGGUGAUGCUGAAGUUGUCAGAGUUUGAGGUAGAGAAUGCAGCAUUAAGAGAAACCAACAAGCAGCAGGAGGCUCAGAUCUCCGAGCUACAGAAACAAGUCCAGGCCUUUGAGCAGAAGGGCAGUGGUAGACGAGGAGUUCUGAGUAGACCAGGUGAAGCCCAGCGUCUCAGCAGCCUCACGUUCGGCUGUUUCCAGGUGAGGGGGAAAAACCCUCAAGUCCUUCAUGGACCAGCACCUGCCCAGAGGACCCUCAGCACACAGGGAGAGACAGAUGGUAGAGACACGACUGAGAAAAAUAAACAAAUGGCCGUCUCAGAGACGGACGGUGAAGUCCACAGACCAAACCAAGGUGGACUUUUGUGUUCUCCAGUGGAAGACAGCAAUGGACCUGAGAGCCAUGCUGAGGAUACAUGUGGACCUGAGUGUCAUGGGACCUCAUCUAUACACUCCUGUAUUGCUUCAGAGGGGGAGGGAGUGUGUGAAGGCAGAGGGGGGGUGUGCAGUCUGGAGUUUAGCCGGCCGAGCAGCGAGACUUACCUCACUGCUUCGGAUGACAGCAGCUCUCUCUUCGAUGAUGACAUGCAGCGUGCAGAGCAUCCCAGCUUCAACCUGCGUGAAUCCUCAGAUGGACCCCUGGAGGGGUGUAAGGAUGAAGGGUUGGAGGGGCACAGGGCGAAGAUGGAUGAUUGCACCUCUGAGGAGCUCAACAAACGAUUCCAGUCUCAGAGACUUGACUCCUCAUCCUCCAGCGAGCCAAACACUCCCAGCCCCAUCCUCACACCCGCCCUCACCCCUAAACGACCUAACCCGCCGCAUGACCCGAGGGACAACCCUGCCUCACCCAAACAGCCCCGCCUUAAGACCCCAGUGGGGUUUGGGUUGUUGAAUGCGUCUCUGGCAAAGAAACACCUGAGCCAGCCACCGGUCAGCAGCGAGGCAGCACACGGCCAGACACGCAACGCCCUCAGCAUGCUGCGCCCCCUCCGGCCGCAGGAAACCGACCUCGACCAGCAGCCAGACAUCAGCAUGGAAACAGGAAGGGAUACGCCCCCACAAAUCCUUCCCAGCUCACAAACAGCACCCACCGUGUUGGCCUUACAGACUGCACCUGAUGCUGGGACGGAGAUGAAGCCAGGCGGUGACAACUCAGCUUCAGGCAGCAAACCUCCCACUCCUCCUUUACACAGGCUCCCCUCCUGGGAAAGUCGUAUUUAUGCUGUUGCUAAGUCAGGAAUCAGACUAUCCGACACUUCCUGUUCAGACCUUGCUAGCAAAGACACAACCCUGCAGUCCUCCUACCCUGCCUUUAUAAUGUACACAUCCCUCAUCUAUAAAAACAUGACUACACCAGUUUACACUACUCUCAAGGGGAAAGCCACUCUGCUGAGCAGCAGUCCCUCCUCCGAUGAGUCCUCCAGCUCUGAGGAGUCCUCCAGCUCAGGAGAGGAGGAUGGCUCCCUCUGCAGCUCCCACACCUCCUCUAGCUCCAGAAAGGAUAGCACCCCAGGCAGCCCACGCUCCCUGAAGAGAGCUGUGUCCAUGGCUUCCAUGACAUCAGAGAGUGACUAUGCCAUCCCUCCUGAUGCCUACUCUACUGACACCGAGUGCUCUGAACCUGAACAGAAGCUGCCCAAGACUUGCUGUUCAGCCAGCGAUAACGGCAAGAGUGAACCAAUGGAAAAAUCAGGAUACCUGCUGAAAAUGGUCAAAACCUGGAAAAAAACCUGGCGGAGACGCUGGUUCGUCCUCAAAGAUGGAGAGCUGCUCUACUACAAGUCACCUAGUGAUGUGAUCAGGAAGCCUCAGGGCCAGAUUGAAGUGAAUGCCACCAGCAGCAUCGCCCGUGCAGAUGGGAAGCAAGUUCUUCAGAUAGUGACAGGUAAGCACGUGUACUACCUGAAGGCAGACUCUCCUAACCUGCUGGAGGAGUGGCUGCGGGUGCUGCAGAGCGUGCUGAGGGUGAAAGCUGCCAGUCCGCUCUUCACUCAGCCAGAUAUUCGCCCUGGCAUGAAGGGGCUGCUCAUCAAGGUGAAGCACGGCUACUCUAAGCGGGUUUGGUGUGCUCUGAUUGGCAAAACGUUGUACUACUUCCGGAGCCAGGAGGACAAGUUCCCACUUGGUCAGAUCAAGCUGUGGGAGGCCCGGGUGGAGGAAGUGGACAGGUCGAGAGAUUCAGAUGACGACCUUAAAGCGUGUGGGCGGAGCUUACAAGUAGCACCCUUCACCAUCGCCAUCCACCCUCAGGAGCAAGGUCCAACCUAUUUGCUCAUCGAAUCCCACCAUGAAAAGGAUUCAUGGCUGUACCAUCUGUCUGUGGCGGCCGGCACCACGGUGGGUAAAGUUGGCACCGAGUUUGAACAACUGGUGGGAAAACUCUUCCAGCUGGACGGUGAUCCAAACUCUCAGACUUGGAGACAUCCCAUGCUGUGCUUCAGUAAAGAGGCUCUGUCGUCUCCUCUCACCACUCUGCCCUCACAGGCCCUGCAGACGGAGGCAGUUAAACUCUUCAAGACCUGUCAGCUUUUCAUUAACGUGGCCAUUGAUGCUCCAGCCAUCGACUACCACGUCUCUCUGGCCCAAAGUGCCUUGCAGGUGUGUCUGACCCACCCUGAACUUCAGAACGAGUUCUUCUGCCAGCUCAUCAAGCAGACGCGCAGAAGGCAGCUGCAAGGCCAUCCAGGACCCCUGCAGGGCUGGCAGUUUUUAGCUUUGUGUGUGGGACUGUUUCUGCCUCAGCAUCCGUUCCUCUGGCUGCUCCAGGUUCACCUGAAAAGACACGGAGACUCCAGGACUGAGGUGGGGAAAUACGCCAUCUACUGCCAGCGCUCUUUAGAGCGGACUCAGCAGAAGGGCGAGAGGCAGGCCCGUCCGUCCCGUAUGGAGAUUCUCUCCAUCCUCCUGAGGAACCCCUACCACCACUCACUGCCUUUCAGUGUCCCCGUUCACUUCCUCAACAACACAUACCAGGUGGUGAGUUUUGAUGCCUCGACAACGGUGGACGAGUUCCAGUGUCGCCUCAACCAGGACACCGGCAUGAGAAAAACGGGACUUUCUGGUUUCAGUUUGUACACUGAUGACCCCACAGGACGAGAGCUGGAGCACUGUCUGCAAGGAGGCAUCAAGAUUUGUGACAUCAUCUCCAAAUGGGAGCAGGCCUCUAAGGAGCAGCACUCCGGCAAGUCGGAAAACACCAGAACGGUCCGCCUCACCUACAAGAACAGGUUAUACUUCUCUCUCCAGAUGAGAGGGGAGUCAGAGAGGGAGAGGCUGCUGCUGGCGUAUCAGACCAACGAGGCCAUUGUAGCCGGACACUUUCCUGUUAACAAAGAACUGGCUCUGGAAAUGGCCGCCCUGCUCGCUCAGGUGGAGUUUGGAGAUUUUGACCGCACCUUCUCUGCUUCUGGAUCAAUCCAGACCAAGUCUAAUCAAACCCUAAAACAAGUGUUAGACCGGUUCUACCCGAAAUAUUACCGCAAGACCACAUCUGAGGAACAGCUAAGACAACUGCUGCAGCGUCUGUCGGCUCGGUGGGCUUCGCUCAGGGGUCGAAGUUCCUCUGAGUGUGUCCGGAUCUACCUGACCGUUGCCAGGAAGUGGCCUUUCUUUGGUGCCAAACUGUUUGAAGCCGAGGCUACUUCUCCGUCUCCAGAGCCGGGUGUACGGGUGUGGCUGGCCGUGCAUGAAGAUGGUAUCAGUGUCUUAGAGCACAACUUGAUUAAACUGCUGGUGUCCCAUCCCUACAAGAACCUGAUGACAUUUGGAGGCUGCAAGCAGGACUUCAUGCUGGUGGUGGGUCAGAGCAAAGACAAACCUACAGAGAAACAUCUGUUUGCUAUGGACGCUUCCAAGAUAAGGGAGAUCACCCUCCUCGUCUCCAGUUACAUCAACAGCGCCCAUCAGCAGAAGGCCGCCGCCCACCAUCUCUCUGCACCGGCUCUGAUGGCGGCCCAGCCCGUCAGUCUGAAGAGCAAAGAGCUGCGGAGCAAAUCCCCGCCGGCGCUGGGACGCCCCAGCAAAGCCCCCACACUGCUGUGACAGCACAGAAACACACACCUUCAUCUUUUUUCAACUUAUUUUACUGUUACAGCAGCUGAUGCUGCAUCAGUGUUGAGAUUUGUGGCUGAAUGUGGAGCCGUUAGCUUCAUACAUGGUGACAAGGUGCUCGAGAAGUAACUAAAAGUACCUUUUUUUUUCUCUUUGUCGAGAUUGAAGAGAAUAGUUUUGAAUCCUACGAGUCUGUGUUUUCUGGUACGUUUCCUUUUAUAAAAGUAUAUUUUUCUCUCUGAAAUGAAACGAUUAAGUCACACUCAGCAGAGCAAGGCUCUGUUAGCAACCGUAUCUUGCUAACAGGAAGCGAAACUCUUCCCUCCUACUGUUCGUCUGGUUUAAUGUGGCAGAAUGAUUGAAGAAAAAAUAGGGGGAAAUGUUAGUUAUUAAGACUGAAGCUCAGCUAGAAAAUUCAUCCUUCUGGUAAAUCGUGUGAUGGAGAAGAUGUGGAUUAGACAAGUUUGAUGUGUAAAGCUUACCAGAGAAAACCAGUUUGAACAGUGUGCUCUCCUUUUUCUAAUCAUAAAUAUACAAAAUGUAAGUAAACAGGUGGUGGAGUUUGAGAGGAAACGGCAUGUUUUUAGAAAGGUCACUGAAUGUCAUAAAUGGGACGUUUUGAGAUAAAUUAAUGGAACUGGACGAUGAAAGUGUGUGAUGGCUUACAGAGAAAUAACCUGUUUUAUUUGGCCUGACUGAAUUUAAACCACAAUCUUUACAUUAUACAGAUUAGAAAACUAUUUAAAAAAAUGUUUUGUGAGGUACGUCCCCAAAUCACCUCCCAGUGUUAUCUUCAGAUUGUACAUUUUAUUUAUUUCUCCUCUAAAGUACAUUAACUUAAUAAACAACUAUAACAACAAAUGGUCUUGAGUGUG